GGCCCUAGAAUAGGUGCUUAAUAACUACUUGUUGAGUUAAAUCGAUUUGGGGAACAUGCAGAGCCUACCCAAUGCAAAUGAAGAAAUUAUAUUCUUGUUCCUGGACAAAUAUGAAAAAUGGCAUAAGAUGGCUCUACUCCCAUGGCUCAGGUACCUCCAGAUCAUCAGUUACUCGAUGUAAACCAGGAGCCAACUGCCCCAGUUCACACAGUGGCAUCAGUAGACAACUGUCCCCUCUUUCUGUCACCGAAGAUUCUUCUGCUCCUAUUCUUGAACUUCAGAGCCGAGGAUCUUCUGGAGUUUGCGGACACAGAGUUGAAAGGCAGAACAGAUCAGGGGAUGAUGGAACACAGACUCAUCCUGAGAACAGCAGCCAAGAAAACAGAAUCAAGGCUCGCUGCCGGUCCUGCACGUCCAUGGUUCUGAAGGCUGUCUGGGGACUCUUGAUCAUCUUGUCAGUGUCAUCGUCUUGGGUUGGAACCACACAGAUUGUAAAAAUUACUUACAAGAACUUCUACUGUCCAUUUUUCAUGACUUGGUUUUCAACAAACUGGAACAUUAUGUUUUUCCCAGUCUAUUAUUCUGGUCAUCUGGCCACUGCUCAAGAAAAGCAAUCUCCAAUGAAAAAAUUCAGGGAAUGCAGUCGGAUUUUUGGAGAAGAUGGUCUGACGUUGAAGCUCUUUCUUAAAAGAACUGCUCCCUUUUCUAUUCUAUGGACUUUGACUAAUUACCUGUAUUUACUGGCUUUAAAGAAGCUGACAGCCACGGAUGUCUCUGCUCUGUUCUGUUGUAACAAAGCUUUUGUCUUCUUGCUGUCGUGGAUCGUGCUGAAAGACAGGUUCAUGGGAGUGAGGAUAGUUGCCGCAAUCAUGGCCAUUACUGGCAUCGUCAUGAUGGCAUACGCAGAUAAUUUCCACACGGAUUCAAUCAUAGGAGUGGCAUUUGCAGUGGGCUCAGCCUCUACAUCAGCAUUAUAUAAGGUUUUGUUUAAGAUGUUUCUUGGAAGUGCCAACUUCGGUGAAGCAGCACAUUUUGUCUCCACGUUGGGUUUCUUCAAUUUGAUCUUCAUCUCUUUCACCCCAGUCAUCCUGUAUUUCACCAAGGUGGAGCACUGGUCCUCAUUUGCGGCUCUGCCGUGGGGCUAUCUCUGUGGGAUGGCCGGGCUGUGGCUGGCCUUCAACAUCCUGGUGAAUGUCGGCGUGGUGCUGACAUACCCAAUCCUAAUCUCCAUCGGGACAGUGCUCAGCGUUCCUGGAAAUGCAGCUGUGGAUCUUCUGAAGCAGGAGGUGAUAUUCAAUGUGGUCCGCCUGGCUGCUACCAUCAUCAUCUGCAUUGGGUUUCUGCUGAUGCUAUUGCCUGAAGAAUGGGAUGAAAUUACCCUGAGAUUCAUCAAUAGCCUAAAGGAAAAAAAGAGUGAGGAGCAUGUGGAGGACAUCACUGAUUCCAGUGUACACCUACGGAGCAGAAGCAGGGCCAAUGGGACCGUGUCCAUACCACUGGCUUAACAAGGGACACAUUUUGAAUGCACGUGUAUGUAUAUUCUGUGAAUAUAAUAAAAUUUUC